AUGGCCAAGGCAAUUGACAAGGUUUUGCCAGGCACGAAGCACCGCCUCUGUCUUUGGCACAUUUAUCAAAAUGCUGCCAAGCAUCUUAGCCAUGUAAUUUCAAACCAUCCUCGGUUUCUUGUUGACUUUAAGAGAGUUGUAUACCUUGAAAAUUCAGUGGCAUACUUUGAGCAGAAGUGGAAAGAAUUGUUGAUUACUUAUGAUCUUGUGGAGAACUCAUGGAUACAAAAUCUAUAUGGUUUGCGUGAGAAGUGGGCUGCGGUGUACCGCAAUGAUUCGUUUUCCGCUGACAUGACCUCAACUCAAAGAAGUGAAGGUAUGAACAAUGUAUUCAAGAAACAAUUUCGCAAGAAGCUCUGUCUUUCAGAGCUCGUAGUAGAAUAUGAGAAGUGUGCUGCUAGCCUUCGUGAAAAUGAACUAGAUGCAGAUUUCAAGUCACGAAAGUCUAAACCGGUCCCUUUUGUAAGAAAUUUACCUAUGUUGAAGACUGCAGCUGAGUCAUAUACAAGGAGGAUUUAUAAUGAUUUUGAGGAGGAGUUCAAACAACAACAUUUAGUCAAGUGCGAAAUUGUUUCCACAGUUGGAACAGUCAGAACAUAUAAGGUCAUGUCGAUGCAAUUUGAGGAUGACGCACUAGUUACCUUCAACCAUGAUAAUGUGACCAUAUCAUGUUCCUGUAGAAAGUACGAAUCCAAAGGUCUGUUGUGCAAGCAUGCACUCCGAGUGUUCAACAUCAAUGAGGUUAUCACUUUGCCAUCGCAAUAUAUACUGCACAGAUGGACAAAAUAUGCAAAAAGAGGUUACUCUUCUAAUAACCCGGACAAUCCUCAAGAAACUUUACAAACACAUGCUGCUCGGAUUUCUCGGAAAGCAACUGCUGUUGCACUUAAGUGCUCUAUUUCAGAAGAGCUACUUGUAGAAUUAGAGAAAGCUAUAGAUAUGCUAGAUCUAGAAGCAGAUGAAUCACUAAGCCAAAGAGGACCUUCCAAACCUGAAAGUGUAGCCAUGAAUUCGAAUGUGUGCAGUGAAAAUGUAACCAAUGCAAAUAUAUCAUUUAAAGUUCCCCAAGCAAUAAAAGGUCCAAUGGUAAAGAGAGCAAAAGAUGCAGUUGAAAAGAAAGGACCAAAGAAGCCAAAAAGUGGAACAAAGAAGCCAAAAUCUGGAACAAAAAAAGGCCAGCACCCGAGCUUCCGCAAGAAGCAGCGAAGCCGCGGCGAGGUGGCUUGCGAGCAGAAGGCGACGGUGAGGAAUCGGUCGCUCGCUGGUCCAUCGCUUUCGCGAGAUGCAGUACGCCAAGCUGGGGCAGCUCGUGAGCGGAAAGCCGCGGCGAUGAGGCGGACGGUCGUCGGCACUGGCACCGGGGGCGGCGCGUCCGUGAGAUGCAGCUGGUGA